UAUAAAAAUUGGUGAACAAUUUCUUUCCAGACUUCACAAUGUACAUCUAGGCAUAAAUCCAAUUUCAAAUACAAAAUGUAAGUUACUUCAUAAAAAAGGUUAAGUUUACUUUCUUUCAUAUUUUGAUGGAAGGUUUCUUUUCUUAAUAUUAGGAGCAAAACUUCUACAGCCAACUGUGAAAUAUGACCAACUGUUCCGAAAGCUUAAACACUUUCAUCGAGUCGCAAAAUGCUGUACAAAAUUGUGGAAUAUUGUCAACUGUAUUCGUCGUAGGCGUUGUAUUUGCAGGGGCUUUCUUUGGACUGCUGAUUGGUAUUUUCUUUGGUAGGAAAUGUCAUUCUAAUACCGAAAGAAUCCAAUCGGCAAACGGACAGAACACCAACACAUAUGAGGAGGAAAUGCAAUUCCGGUAUCACAAUUACCAGCACAUGAAUAGGCGGUGCUCACAAACAUCUGAAAAUAGCAUGGACAAUAUCGACAUGUAUGAAUCUAUAGGAGAUUGAAAUUCUUCCCAAGGAUACCACAGCAGAAAUGGUUAAAGACACCCUAUCGUUUAAUACGAAGCUAUGAGAAUCUAACCGUGGGAAACAUUGUUAUUUUGAUCAAUGUCAUUGAACACAUGCUACAUUUAUACUUUCCUUGCUUAGGUGUGUACAGAUUUUAUGUAUCGAUCUUAUCUUCCUUGCUUAGGUGUGUACAGAUUUUAUGUAUCGAUCUUAUCUUCCUUGCUUAGGUGUGUACAGAUUUUAUGUAACGAUCUUAUCUUUCCUUGAUUACGUGUGUACAGAUUUUGUGGCCUUAAAUUCAACAUUUAGAUAUAUCGACGACGUUUUAUAUAUUAACCAUAAUAACCUUCAUUCAUAUUUCGAUUCGAUAGAUGUAUAUCCCUGUGAACUCCAAAUAAAGGACACCACAAAGUCGUACACUUCUGCUUCAUACUUAGAUAUUUUAUUGAAAGUAGAUACUAACUGCAAAUUAACUACCCAACUUUAUGACA